UUCCCCUCAAUUCCAGAAGCGAUUCGAUAGACUUUUACCAAUUUUCUCGAGGAUGGUGUUCGCGAUGCGCUCCUGGUCGGCCAGCACCGAUUCAGACACCGAGAGUGUGGGCAAGAAAUUAAUGCUGGAACUGAAACUGAAAGUGAAGUCUCGCCCCAGUGAGAAAAUUAAAAGGAAAGCAAUGAAAGUGCUAGCAAUGUCGCAUCUAGGUGUAGAUACUAUUUGCUUCGACGGAAAAGAAGGGACAUUCACGCUCGUUGGCCAUAUUAAUCCAGUUGAGGUGGUGUUCGAACUGCGGAAGAUUUGCGUUAUAUACCUGGUGAGCGUGGCCAUUCUGACUGCACAAAACGAUAUCUUCCCCACAACAGAGAGGAUCACCGAGCUAAUACUCAUCAAGGACACUGACCGGGAAAGGAAGAGAUCUUUAGGAAUCCUGAUAUCUGAAGAGCAACCUGAAAAGUCAAAGAAGCCGCAAGAAGACCAACCACCGCCACAACAAGCCGAUUCUUCCAUAUCUCAAGUAGACGCAUCACCUCCUUCUCGUCCUCUUCCUCCUCUGUCUUGCCCUCUUGCUUCCAAGGCUCAACCUUCAUCCUCCACAGUUUCACAUCCAUCUCAUGGAAAGUCAGAUCAGAUGCAAGCCGCUCCUCAUCAUGCUCCAUCGUCUUCGCCUGUUUUUCAGACCAAGAGUCUCACGGCUGUACCAGCACACUCGAGCAUUUCUGGGGGAGCUUGCCUUCCCAAAGACAUGAAAAAUAUGGAGGAUGAGGGACUGGAAGGGCACAGCAUCGAUGGCAUUGGUGAGCUCAAGAGGCAUUAUGACCUUCGUGCUGGAGAACAGGCAAGCCGCCUCAAGGAGGCAGAUGACACGGCCAUCACGCUGCGUAAGCGGGUGGAGGAGCUGGAGGCCAAGGUGUCGGAGGCCAGCAUCACGGAACGUCGCCUAAUGGAUAUGAUCUGCAUAAGCGAGGAUAGGCAUGAUAAGACAAAGAUGGAAUUGGCUCUUAUGCGAGAGAAAUUGGACGAGGGGAAUCACCGGAUUGAGUAA